UUAUACCCCUGGAUUACAUUGUUUACAUGUUCCGGUAUGACUCAACACAUACCGGAUACAAUCGACGUCCUGAUGUCAAAGUCUCCAGUACAGAAGACGGAAAGCUGAAGAUCAACAACACUUUGAUUAACAUCUUCAGCGAGAAAGACCCCCAAAACAUUCCAUGGGGCUCAUCAGGUGUUGAUUAUGUGAUUGAGUCAACUGGAGUAUUCACCACUUUGGACAAAGCCUCCGUCCAUCUGAAGGGGGGUGCCCGCAAGGUGGUUAUCUCGGCACCGUCUGCUGAUGCUCCCAUGUUUGUCAUGGGAGUCAAUCAAGAGAAAUAUGAUGCCAGCAUGAAUAUUGUGUCCAACGCUAGUUGCACCACUAAUUGUCUUGCUCCCUUGGCUAAGGUCAUUCAUGAUAACUACGAGAUCAAGGAAGGAUUAAUGACCACUGUUCAUGCUGUAACGGCCACCCAAAAAACUGUGGACGGCCCAUCUAAUAAGGAUUGGCGGGGAGGCCGUAGUGCCAGUCAGAACAUUAUUCCAUCGUCUACUGGAGCGGCCAAAGCCGUGGGCAAGGUGAUCCCGGACCUGAAUGGCAAGCUCACUGGCAUGGCUUUCCGCGUGCCAACACCCGAUGUAUCUGUGGUGGAUUUAACCAUUGUGACCGGGAAGCCUGUCAAAUAUGCCGACCUUUGCGCUAAGAUCAAGGCAGCCUCCGAUGGACCCAUGAAAGGAGUCUUGGGUUACACUGAUGAGAAUGUGGUGUCCACUGAUUUUCUGACCGACACUAGAUCUUCCAUUUUUGAUUCGAAGGCCGGAAUUCAGCUCUCAGACAAUUUCCUCAAGGUUGUGUCUUGGUAUGACAACGAAUAUGGAUAUUCUUGCCGAGUCAUUGACCUUAUUCUAUACAUGCAAGCAAAAGAAUAGAAUAUUCAGAGAUUGAGAAAUUAUGAAAAAAUACUCCCUGUUAGAAAAUGCACCGAUUCCUCCUAGCAAUAUCAAACAAUGAGCAAUAAAUGUAAGAGCACAAGUUGAAACUUUGAAA